AUGCAACGGUCAGGGAAGGCAAAGGGCGCCUUCUCGGAGGGCUCCGGCAAGCGACCAAGAGUGGCUAAGCCAGGUCGAGUUGCAAUCGCCAUCGGCAGGCAAGACGCGCUCGAGCCUGUGUUGACAAUCACCAGUCGGAGAUGUCCCGAUGGCGUUUCUCAACAUUCCUUCUGGCAUUCAGGGAUCCCCAGAAACACUUCCAUCGAGGGAGAAGACUAUGUAGACGGCCUAAAGGCAAGCGAGUCAACGCAUGGCAUCAUCCUGACAGAGCGAAAUGAAUAA